AUGAGUGCCGAUAAUAUCACCGUGGGCUCUAUCGAGAAAACCUGUUACUUCUGGAAUAAGACAGGCCAAUCAGACCCUCCGAAAUCAUGGAUCGAUUAUGGCGAUAAAGGUCCCCCACCGAAGGUCCCGAAGGUAAAAAGCAACAUCAGGGAUAACUCUGAAGAUGGGAAUAGUAGAGAAAGGGUCUUUGAGCCUAAACAUAAAGCUACGGAAGAUGAGCUCGAGUGGGAGGAUCAUAUACCAGCGAAUAACUGGGACCAGCAAUCCUCAGGUGUCAAGAAUACGUGGGACGAAACCACGCCCACGAGGGCUGAUGACUCCUGGGGAGCCCAAGCUAGUACUAGAGUGAAUGUAACCGAGUGGUACCCACCAAAAGCUAACGGUGCCCAUUCUGUGACGGCAUCUACAUCUGCAUCCAACAAACAGGCGACGCCUGUUCAACAAGCCGAUUAUACUGAGAGUCCUGCAGUCAUUGGAGACUUAUGGGAAGCUUUACUACCACCUGAUUUUACGGAGUACAGAGACUUAAGACAAAAGUAUGCCAUGUCGGAUCCAGAAUUCGAUGUUAAUGCCUUGGUUCUGCUCUUAGCUGCAGAACCUUUUCAACUUUCAGACGUUGAGCAGUAUCUAGGUGGAUAUUCAGAUCAAGAUAUUGAUCUAGAUAAGGCUUCCAGAUUCGAAAAGCUCCCACCUAUAUUUUUUGCUGUAGCCACAAACGAACCUAAAGCGUUGAAACUUCUCAUAACUCGAGGCAUAUCUGUAGACGCGACUGCUGGUCCAGACAACAUACCAUUGUUAGCUUUUGCUAUCAUGCAUGGAUCAAGAGCUGACACCACUGAGAUGGUGCGGAUUCUACUAGCCAGUGGAGCUGACCCUACACACAUAUCCGACGAGUUUAUUUCUUUCGAUCAUUAUUCAUCAAGCCACCAUAGAUUCUCCAGGUCAUCUAACAGCGAGACACCAUCAUGGCUGUCAGAGAAGUAUAGAUUUAAGCUUGCCAGCACCAUCAAUAUCUCGCAGAGAUACUGGUUACUGAAAGCGAGAGCUUUACGUCCACGGACGGAUCGCCCAAGUGGACAUGGAAAGACUGAGCUAGCUAAGAGCAUGCGCACAUGUUUAUCAGCAGCAUUUUUGGCCAUUAACUGUGCCGAAAUGACUAGCACUACUGAUCUUUUUGGCUCAGCAGCACCAUCCCCAGGUUACGAACAAGGCUCUGCCUUAAACAACUUUUUAUGUCGCAACCACGGGCAAAGAUGUAUUGUGUUUCUAGAUGAAUUCGAGAAAAUGGGACCUGCCGUGCAUGAGUCACUUUUAACCCCAUUUGACGAAGGCAUAUAUCGUGAUCGUCGGGCCGUUAGAAACGAUACGAAGAUAGAUUGUUCGAAAGUGAUAUGGAUCCUUGCCACCAGUAAGGUGGAUAAUAUUAUUGAGCCAUACUACAGGGCCAAUGUCGAGGUCUUCCAGAAUCCCGAUACUCAGGAUCAACAGUUCCUCGCGAAUAUCAUGAAUGGAAUUGAAAGCAAGUUCUUAAGGAAGUUCAGCAUCCAACUCGGGACAACGUUCGCCGGACGCAUCUCCAUGGUCCUACCAUUCCUUCCGUUCUCGCCCGCCGAGCAAGCUGUAAUUGCGCACAAGUAUCUGCUUGAACUUAAACGUACACUUGCAGCCGAUAUUAGCAAAGAAACAAUCAUGGGGCAUAUUAAACUCGAGGUUGAAGGGGAGUCAGCAGUUUGCCGGCAUAUAGCCGAAAAUGGUUACGAAAUCGAAUACGGGGCACGAUCUAUUGAGCGUGAGAUGCAUAAGUCAGUGCGCGAUGCUAUUACACAGGAAUGGUUAGGGUCUACAGACUGGAUCCCCUACCAAAGAAAGAAUGGUCCAUAUGAAAGAUACCUGUUGUCCCUUGACCCCUCAAAAGAACACGUCGUUGUACACAAGAUCCUUGAAAAGAAGGGUAAGACGAGGGCGAGGCAGAACAGAACUUUGGCAAGGCCGGCAGCUGGCCAGGGUGGUUCACAAUUCGAGAGCUCAGUCGGAGCAAGAUCAGGAACGCCAAGUAGUGUUGGUGGUAUGAGAUCAUUAAGAGUAGGAAGACUUAUAGAUAUCGAGAUGGUGAAUGGAUGGGAGGAAUAA